AUGAGUGCCUCCAAGGCGCAAUCGCAGAAGAUCUUCGAGAAGCUGAAGACCAAGCCGGCAAAUAGGCUAUGCUUUGAUUGCGGCUCUAAGAACCCAACAUGGUCGUCUGUGCCCUUCGGUAUCUAUCUGUGCUUGGAUUGUUCGUCCCAUCAUCGUAACCUCGGUGUCCACAUUUCCUUCGUUCGCUCCACAAACCUCGACCAAUGGCAAUGGGAGCAACUUCGUUUGAUGAAAGUUGGUGGCAAUGAGUCAGCUACGAAGUAUUUCCAAUCCCACGGAGGCUCCGCCGCAUUAGCCAGCAAAGACCCCAAGGUCAAGUACGAAUCAAACGCCGCCGUUAAAUACAAGGAGGAACUCAAGCGGAGAGCUGCCCAAGAUGCGCAAGAACACCCUGGUGAAGUCGUAGUUACAGAUGUCGCCGGCACCCCUGGUGAUGGCGCUGCAACUCCUGCCGGCGAACCGGACGAUGAUUUCUUCUCUUCUUGGGAUAAGCCUGUCAUCAAGCGACCCAGUAACACCCCGUCGCGAGUCGGUACGCCGUCAAAUAACAGCCGCACUGCAUCGCCUUUCUUAAACGCAGGCUCGAAUGGAAACGCGGCGCGGUCCAAGUCUCCCCUUUCAGCAAGUGACAAGGAUGAUACAUCAUCGCCGCCUCCUGCUGCGGUCCGAACAGGGAAUGUGGUCAGGAAAGGUCCUUCGGGUGCGGGUGCGAAGAAAGGCAGUAUACUGGGUUCCAAGAAGACCCAGAAGCUUGGUGCGAAGAAAGUUACAGGUGGUGAUGUGAUUGAUUUCGAAGAAGCCGAGCGCAAAGCCAAGGAAGAGGCGGAACGCAUACAGAAACUCGGUUAUGACCCGGAAGCUGAACAGGCAGAAAUCAAUGCAAAGGAGAAGACCGCGGCUACAACAACUAUUGCCUCUCCUACUCCUAUCAGCCCCAGCAGAGCAGGACUCGGGGCAACAAGCAAGGCUCCCGAGAAAAGUGCGAGUGAAAUGGAGCGUCUUGGAAUGGGUAUGGGCCGUUUGGGCUUUGGACAGGUAUCCAAGCCUGUGAUCGCGAAGAAGGCUGGAUUCGGCGCUGUUGCUCCUGCUACACUGAUUGAGUCAACCACAGAAGAAGAAAUUGCACAGACAAAAUCCCGAUUCGGUAGCCAGAAAGGUAUCUCAUCAGAUGAAUUCUUCGGGCGAGAUAGAUUCGACCCUGCAGCACAAGCCGAGGCGAAGACUCGCCUAGGUAAUUUUGAGGGCGCCACCUCGAUCUCCAGCAAUGCGUAUUUUGGACGACCCGAAGAAGACUAUCCCCCCAUCGAUGACGGCUACGGCGACCUUGAGAACGCAGCUAAGGAUUUCGUUCGCCGCUUUGGAAUCACAGCCGGCGAUGAUCUGGAAAAUUUGACCCAAGUUUUGGGUGAGGGUGCUAGUAAAUUACAAGGCGCUAUCCGUAGCUAUCUUGACAGUUAA